UUCACAGUAUUUCCUUGUUGUGGGCUCAGGAUCAGUUGAAUAAACUUUACUUAAAUUUCGCUCAACGACAUCGAGCAAACCUUUUCGCAUUAAACAUGUCGGAUCGAAGUUCUUUUGAUACAAAUGUCAUUACUCUGACGAGAUUUCUCUUAGAGGAAGGAAGAAAAGCAAAGGGGACGGGAGAACUUACAACGCUACUGAAUGCUAUGUGCACAGCAAUCAAAGCGAUCUCUAGCGCUGUCAGAAAAGCAGGCAUCGCCAACCUGUAUGGAAUUGCUGGAAGUACAAACGUGACAGGCGACCAGGUAAAAAAACUGGAUGUCCUGUCCAACGACCUAGUCAUCAACAUGCUCAAAUCUUCCUUCACCUCCUGCGUGUUGGUCACAGAGGAGCACGACAAUGUCAUCAUCAUCGAGCCGGACAGGAGGGGAAAAUAUGUGGUGUGCUUUGAUCCCCUUGAUGGAUCUUCCAACAUCGACUGUCUGGCUUCCAUUGGGACCAUCUUUGCCAUCUAUAGAAAGUGCACCACAGACGAGCCAAGCGAGAAGGAUGUCCUGCAGCCUGGUAGAAACAUUGUGGCUGCUGGCUAUGCUCUGUAUGGCAGUGCCACCAUGGUCGUGCUCUCCACCGGCCAGGGGGUCAACUGCUUCAUGCUGGACCCUGCUAUAGGAGAGUUCAUUUUGGUUGAACAAAACCUGAAAAUCAAGAAAAGGGGGAAGAUCUACAGCCUCAAUGAGGGUUAUGCUGUGUACUUUGAUCCUGCUGUCACGGAGUAUUUGCAGCAGAAAAAAUUCCCGAAGGAUGGCAGUGCGCCGUAUGGGGCACGUUAUGUGGGCUCCAUGGUGGCAGACGUGCACCGCACCCUUGUGUAUGGAGGAAUUUUCCUGUACCCAGCCAAUGAGAAGAGUCCCAAAGGAAAGCUGCGGCUGCUGUACGAGUGUAAUCCCAUGGCCUUCAUCCUGGAGCAGGCAGGCGGCAGGGCCACCACGGGAACCAUGAACGUGCUGGACAUCCAGCCCGAGAGCAUCCACCAGAGGGUGCCCGUGGUGCUGGGCUCCCCAGAAGACGUCCAAGAGUACAUCUCCAUCUACCAGAAACAUCACAAAUGUGAAACACGCCCAGGACCAUGAACAAAAGACCCACUGAAGGCAAGUUAUAAAAGAGACCAACAAUCAAAUUCCAAACAGUCUGGGCCAAGUCACAGAAGUGGCAUGCUGAUUCCUUGUUCCAAACCAGGGAACAACCUUUGACCUAAUACUGUACACAACUAUUCAUAAAAGGGAACAAUCUGAAGUAAACCAUAAGAUUUGCACUCACUUGGAUAUGGUGUUCCUGCAAUCUAAUUUUUUAACAAACAUAAGAAUGAUUUAAUUACAUUGUAUUAGCUCUCAAUGAACAUUACUGGCCAAAGAGUCAAAGAAAAUUUGUAUGGUCUGAAUUCUGUCUCGUGCCUUCUAUCUUUAGGCAUAAUGAAGUGCCUUUUCUGUACCAGAUUGUAAUGUAAGGGGGAAAUGUGAAUAAACUGUUAUGCCAAAAAAAAAACACCACCAACCAAAACCCUAA